UUAAAACAGACAUAUAAUAUAUUAGUGUUGUUCGGAUUGAAAAACACAUAUUUUGUAAUUAUGUAACGCGCGUUGUUAAAAAAAUAUCUGAAAAUUCAUUAUUUAAAAAAUGAGGUUGCUAUUUAAAAAUAAAUAAAUAAAUACAUAUAUUUAUAUCAUUUUGUUGUUCAACAUUCGGACAUUUAUUCAGAUUCUAUUUCAUUAAAUGUAUGUACAGUAUAUUCAGGACAACAUGUACAGUGAGCACUACAGGGCUGAUUUUUCUCGUUCGGGCUUGUAGUUUGUGCUGGGAGGAGUCACACAUACCUGGCAACACCGACGGUCGCUUUGUUAACACUUCAUUGAACCAAGAUGGCAGAUUUCGAAGAGAUCAGCGAUAAGGAUAAGGUGCGUAUCGCAGCCAAUUUUGUGAUGCACGCUCCCCCAGGAGAGUUCAAUGAAGUCUUUAAUGAUGUCCGAAUACUGCUCAACAAUGAUAAUCUUCUCAGAGAGGGCGCAGCACAUGCCUUUGCCCAGUACAACAUGGAUCAGUUCUCUCUUGCCAAAAUUGAUGGAUAUGAAGAUCAGGUCCUGAUAACAGAGCACGGAGACCUGGGUAAUGGCCGCUUCUUUGACCCACACAACAAGAUCUCCUUCAAGUUUGAUCACCUCAGAAAGGAAGCCAGCGACCCCCAGCCCCACGAGGGUGAGGCAGCUCUCAGGUCAUGGAGGGACGCCUGUGACUCCGCCCUGAGGGCCUACGUCAAGGAGCACUACCCCAAAGGAGUUUGCACCGUUUAUGGGAAAACAAUCGAUGGCCAGCAGACCAUUAUCGCUUGUAUUGAGGGUCAUCAAUUUGAGCCUAAAAACUUCUGGAACGGUCGCUGCCGGUCCGAAUGGAAGUUCAGUGUCUCGCAAUCUACAGCAGAGCUGGUUGGAGUCUUGAAAAUACAGGUACAUUAUUAUGAGGAUGGAAAUGUGCAGCUGGUCAGCCAUAAAGAUGUCCAGGAGGCACUCACUGUGUCUAAUGAGAGCCAGACUGCAAAGGAGCUUGUGAAAAUUAUUGAGGAUGCAGAGAAUGAUUACCAGGUUGCCAUCAGCGAGAACUAUCAGACCAUGUCGGACACGACGUUCAAAGCCUUACGCAGACAGCUCCCGAUCACCCGCACCAAGGUCGACUGGAACAAGAUCCUCAGCUACAAGAUCGGCAAAGAGAUGCAGAAUGCUUAAUGACGAGGCUGUUUGUGUGACGACAAACAAACUGGGAGAAGCUGAUGCUUGCGCAAACGUGUGACGCAGCGUAACAUACUGUAUGUCUUUCUAAAAGAGACAUCUGUUUGGGGUUUUUACAGAGAAUGACGGCUUCCGUUAUGCACUACGAGGGGAUGCCUUCAUCUUACAGUGACAUUGAGUGAUGUACCUGUCACUCGUUUGCAAACAUAUUAUUUUUUAACAAAUAAUGCCUUCGGUAACACUGUGAAAGCCGGGGUUGCUCCCUGCUAUUGAAAUUCUCAGUCACAUGUUAAACACACACAGUUUCUGAUCCCUCAGUGCUUCAAAAUGGACACACAUCCUCCCGAAACCCCCUUGACUUUCAUGUAGCGACUAAUUUACUCUCUAUAUAACAUAACUGAUAUUCUUUAAGAGCUUCCAAUACCUCCUAUAGUUUUUUAUUAACAGAGGGCAAAUACUGUAUGCAAUUUGUAUGCAAACUGAGAGACACUUGGCAGCACCAAAUUCUACAGUUUUAGUCUAAAGAUGUGUUUAUACGAAUGCAUCCCUCUGGACACAGGGUUGUAGCCAAAGCAUAGAUGUAUUUUUUUCCCAUUCACUGACCAUAUUUUGUCUUCCCUCUGGAAGUUCUUUGUUGCUGAAAGACAUUUUCAGUGAUUAACCUUCUACUCCCCUGCUGGAUUGAUAAAGUAUCGGUGUCCUCCUGCCAGCUGUUUGCCUUUAGCUUUUGCUAUAUUUUUUUAUACAAACUGUAAGUACAUUUAUUAUCAUGAAAUAAAAGUAUGA